AUGACUAGUAACAGGACAAAUCUUGUGGAAAGAUCAGGUAUUUUACAUAUUUAUUAUGCCAAUAAAACCUUCAAACAUUGGAAAAAACGAUGGCUUCAUUUACAAGAUCAACAAUUGUCUAUAUAUCAAGAUUCACGUUAUAAACGUCUUGAAAAUACAAUUAAUAUUAAAAAUUAUCGUGUAUCAAUUACAAAUCCAAUUGAUUCAAUAUCACAUAAAGGAUAUACUUUUAAAAUCUAUGAUUCAAAUUCAACAAAUGAAAAACCAAUUUACUUUUCAGCUGAGAGUAAACAAUUAAUGACACAAUGGAUUAAUGCUUUACGUCUUUCAGCUUCAAUUGCUAACGAUCUUCUUGUUGAAUCAUAUAAACCAUUAAUGCCUGUUGCAACAACAACAACAACAACAACAACUUUAAAUGAUCAAAAUCGAUAUUUAGGUUCCUAUGAAGAGGAGGAGGAUAUUGAAGAUAGUCGUUGGUAUCGUCCACGUUCGUCAUCACCACCAUAUCCAUUGAAUGUUAGUAAUGGUGUUAUUCAUCAACCAUCGUCAACAACAAUGGGUUCAUGGGGCUUUGACGUUAAUCGUUCAACAAACGGACAUAUACCGUCAUCAUCAUUUACAUCAAACAAUAAUGAUAACAACAAUGAUCAUCGUACAAUUACGAGGAUACCAAGACGAUUAGAUGAACCGAUAGAAGAUUUUAACGAACGUCUUGUAAAUAGAUCACCUCCUCCUCUUCAACGUUUUAAAUUACGCACACCUACAUUGACUAGACAUCGUGACGGAAACGAAUUUACUGUUGUUGAUCGUCUCGUUCUUGGGCCAAGUCGUGUUGUACAAUCUGAUUAUUAUCCAUCUGAUGAAUCACCUGCUCAGCAAUAUAUGCCACCAUCAACUCGAUCUCGACAAUCAUCAACACGAUCAAUAUUACGUCGACGAUCAAAAUCUAUUGGUGAUUUUACUACACCAACAACUAAUACAUCUUCUUCUCCUUCUCUUCCUACUCCUCAUCUUACACAAUCUUAUCAUCAAUAUCAAUACCAUGAACGACCUCGAACAAGUCCAAAUAGUCAUCAUCGAACAUAUACAGAACAUGAAUUGAUGGCUUGGCAAAAUCGUAUGUUAGAAAGAGAUCAUCGUAUUGGAAAUAGUCUGAUAACUCGUCCACCUUCAUCAAAUACUGGCUGGGUUCAAUCACCGCGAAUGAGUAGUAAACGAGGCGGAUUCAAUACUUCUCAAUCACCAAAUCGUCAAAUGCCUAUAUCAACUCGACCGAUAUCUGCUAUGUCAAACAUGAGUGGUAGUCAACGUUUUGAACAUGAUCAUUAUGAACCAAUAGUGAAAUUAUCAAAAGUUAUUAAAAGAUAUAUUGAAUUACUUUAUCAUUUACAAACAUUUUAUGAAAAAAUUACAGAUCAAUUAUAUGGUGGAAAUGUAUUUUUAAGAAACAAUUCACCAGCACAACAAUCGGUAUUUAUUCAUCAUUGUCGAAAAAUUGCUGAACAAUUACAACGUUCAAAACCUAUAUGGGAUCGAAAAAUUGUUGUUCUUCAACAUUUACUUAAAGAUAUUUCUUCUCAUGAAUGGUCAAUAGUAAAAAGUGAGACAACAUUUCUACAACGUCGUUCAACUUUACUUAAUUUAAUUCAAACAUUAAACUCACGUAAAGAUCUUAGCGAUACUCACUUAUCUAUUCUUAAUGAUAUCGAUCAUGUAUUACAUGAAGAUAAAUUAGCUGUUCAACUUCAAGAUGAAUUAUCAACAUUACUUCAACAUCAGUCAUUAUUACAUGAUUUUACGUCAUUACUUCAAUGGAAUCGUCAAAUAUAUUCUACAAAUGAACAAAGUCGAGUAGAAAAUAUUUUACCAUUAUUACGUGAACAAAUAACUACAACUGAUGGUUAUGUAUCACAUGUUAGCCAACAAUUAACAGAAUUAGUUGCAAAUUUACGUUCAUUAGAAAAAUAUAUAUUAUCUUAUAUGAAUACAAUUCCAUUACUUGAUGAUGGAAUAGUAAUACCACAAAAUCGUAAUAAUUGGCGUUCAUAUAAUGAAACUGAUAUCGAUACAAUGAAAACAAGAAAUCAAUUUGAACGAACAAAAGAUGAAUAUCAGCGUUCAUCACGUUAUCAUUCACGUCCGUUAAGUGUGCAUACACCUACCAACCAACAGUAUCAUAGAAGUACUAGUCCGAAUUAUCGUAAUCAUAAUUAUGUAAAUGAAAAUCAUGAAUGGUAUCGUCGAAGUCCAAGUCCAACAAGUACAUAUAAAUAUUCAUAA